AUGGAAAAUGAAGUGGUGACUAAGUUUGUUGAGAAGAAGGUCUUGUUAGCUGCUCAAAAGUUGGUAGAUAUCCAAAAAGAACUUGACGAAUUGCAGAAACUAAGGAAAAUAAGAGAGGAAGAGUUUGCAAGCUUGCAGAGACCUCAGUUCUUCUCGGUGUUCUCUACCUUGGAUAUUGAGUCAGCCACUGGGAACUUCAACCCAUCAAAGAAGAUUGGAGAAGGGGCAUUUGGGAAUGUCUAUAAAGGACUCCUUCGACAAACCCCUGUGGCUAUAAAGAGGUUUCACAAUCAUUGUUUGGAAGGGCAAAGCAGCUCAAAUUUCCAAACGGGAGGUUGAUGUCUUGAGCAAGGUAAGGCAUCCAAACCUUGUCACUCUCAUUGGAGCUUGCCCUGAAGCUUCUUCACUUGUCU